AGACAGAGGGGUGGAGAUACAGGCUCCGCCCUCGACGUUUGACUGACAGCCUGGGUCAAGGCGAAGGGAAAAAAUGAGACGUGAUCGAGGGGGAAGCGAGCUAGAUGCUGGUGGGAAGUCAGAGCGAGCAGGUUAGGAGCGUGUGACUGGAUUUGUGCGCUGCUACCUUUGGGGACCUUGCUCAAGUUUUCCUCCUGAAGUUUUCUGCUUUAGGGCCACAGUUUGACCUAAAUCAAUCAGGGCCAGGUGCAACCUCCGUGCCUCUUCCUGCACCUUUGUAAUUGGCUGCUUCCAGGUCUUUUGGUGAGAGCCAAAGAAUCGAGGCCGGAGGGAGCUGAAAGCAUGCAAAUGCGGCCGAAAGCCUGCCCACAGCUCCCGGAGUCCUAAGUGAUGGGCGCGCUCCUAGUCCAUUGGGCUUCCUUGGCCCUGCUCCCUCCUCCUUCUCCUGCUUGCUCUAUCUCCUCCCAAAGGCUGUCAGGCCAGAGAGGAGGCAAGUAGCUUCUAGGAUCCCAGGCGAUGAACUUUGGACCCUGCACCACCCAUCUUCCAUUGGUCUCCUGCUUCCUUCUCGGAUCUGGCUCCAGUAAAGGCUACGGAGGCCGCUUCCCUUAGUGAAGACACUUUUCGCUCCAGAAUUUAGCGUGCCGGUGGUGCUGCCCAGCACCGAGCGAGCGAAGAGCAGAGAGUCUCUUCUCCAGUCCUAGCCGGUCCUCUCCGCUCAUCCCAGCCCCCGCGGCCUCUCCUUCCACCCCAACUCUUUCGCGCCCCCAUUCCGCCCCUGCCUCACAUUGGGACUCAGUUCCCGAACUGCAGCUCCCACUCACUAGGAAGUCACCGCUGCCUUCCAUGGAAACUGGGCGCAGGGAGGACGAGGCAUCGCAGGCAGCCAGGGAACGGAUCCCCAGAAUCGAUCCGUAUGGAUUUGAAAGGCCUGCAGACUUUGAUUAUGUCUCUUAUGAAGACUUUUUUUCCACUUACCUGAGGAUUCUCACUAACAGAGCAAUCAAGUGGUCAAAGCUUUUGAAAGGAAAAAAUAGUGUCCAGAAAAGUAUGAAAGUAAAACGCUAUGUAAGGAAAGGUGUUCCCAAUGAACAUCGUGCAUUCGUCUGGAUGGCCACAAGUGGAGCGCAGGCACAGAUGGACCAAAACCCAGGAUAUUAUCGGAAGCUGCUAGAAGGAGAAAGAAAUGAUAAACUAGUGGAAGCAAUCAAGACAGACAUGAACAGGACAUUUCCAGACAACGUAAAAUUCAGACAGACAGCUGAUCCCUGCUUACAACAUACCCUAUAUAAUGUAUUGGUAGCAUAUGGACAUCAUAAUCAAGGUGUAGGAUAUUGCCAGGGAAUGAAUUUCCUGGCAGGAUAUCUGCUUCUUAUUACUAAGAGUGAAGAGCAGUCCUUUUGGUUACUGGAUGCUCUUGUUGGAAGAAUAUUGCCUGAUUACUAUAGUCCUGCAAUGAUGGGUUUGAAAACAGAUCAAGAAGUUCUUGGUGAGCUUGUGAAGAUGAAAAUCCCAUCUGUGGCAAACUUAAUGGAGCGACAUAAUGUCAUGUGGACCUUAGUAGUCUCCCGCUGGUUUAUUUGUUUAUUUAUUGAUAUCCUCCCAGUAGAGACGGUGCUCCGAAUUUGGGAUUGUUUAUUUUAUGAGGGUUCAAAAGUUAUCUUUCGUGUGGCCUUAACAUUAAUUAAGCAACACCAAGCCUCUAUUUUGGAAGCCACUAAUUUCCCAGAUAUAUGUGAAAAAUUUAAACAGGUCACAAAGGGGCCGUUUGUUACUGAAUGUCAUACAUUCAUGCAGAAAAUAUUUACAGAACCUGGAAGUUUGUCCAAUGCCACCAUCACCAAACUUCGAAAGAACUGCAGAGAAAAGCUACUUGCUCAGGGAUAAACCAACUGUGUCUUUAACUCCACAUUCCUCCUACAUUUGCACUGGCUGAGAGAACUGUCUCCUCCACAGUGGACAUGACCAAGUUUUCACUACUUUUCUCAUAUGUGGGUAUAAAUAUUCAUAUUCUCACUAAACAUUGACAAUUUUUAAAAAAUGAUUCAAAAUUAUGUCAUUCUGUUUUCCACAGAAUGUGAGCUACAUGUUGAUUUCUGAAGAGAAAUAUUUUUGUUUGGGCAUUAAUAAUUAUAAUAUAAAAUUAAAUGAUCUGUACACAUUACAUAAAUAUUUGUACCUAAAUAAAGUAUGGCAACCCAA